AAUACGGGUGAGGAAGUGUAAAUUACACUCUUGGUUGAAUUUCAUUUCAUUCGCGUAUUGAUUAAUUAAUCCUCCCUCCCAAAUCCAAAUAUUUGAGAUCCAAAUUCAUCAAACAAAAGCGAUUACAAUCAAUCCAAAGCACGCAAAAAUUUCAAUUCCAGUUCUAAUCGCUCCUCAGAUUCUCAGUUUCAUACAAUCUCUUCGCCAUCUGAGGUGAUCCGAGCUCUUGGAAUUUGAAUAAGUUCGUGAUCGAGUAAAUUAGGAAAAUUGGCUCCUCAACGUCGAUCACAGCGCCACAUGGGUGGCCAGAUGCAGCAGAGUAAUACUGCGGCAACUGCUAUGUAUGAUCAGCCUAGUACUACUGGUGGAUCGCUGCACAGUGCAGGUUCUGCUAGUGAUGCUGGUGAUGCAGUCAUGGCACGGUGGCUUCAGUCUGCCGGGUUGCAGCAUCUGGCCUCACCCUUGGCUACUUCCGCUGCAAAUGAUCAUCGCAAUAUGCUCAUGCAGGGUUAUGGAGCACAAUCUGCUGAGGAGAAGCAGAGGCUUUUCAAAUUAAUGAGAAACCUCAAUCUUAAUGGAGAGUAUGGUUCAGAACCAUAUACUCCGACUGCACAAAAUUCUGGUGGGGUUUCGGCAAUGGAUGGCUUUCAUUCUCCUGAGUUUAGGGGGGAUUUUGGAGCCGGUCUUUUAGAUCUUCAUUCUAUGGAUGACACAGAGCUUCUAUCUGAUCAUGUUAUGUCAGAACCAUUUGAGCCAUCACCUUUUAUGCCUUCUGUUAGUGAAGCUUUUGACAAUGACCAUGAGGUGUUGACCAGCAGACAACAAAGAGGGCAAACUGAUGGAGAUGCAUUACCCAUAUUACCUACAAAUAUGAAGGAAAACAGUGCAAGAGAAAACAAUGUGGCUAAAAUUAAAGUCGUGGUAAGAAAAAGACCGCUAAACAAGAAGGAAGUUUCUCGCAAAGAGGAAGACAUUGUGACUGUGGAGGAUAAUGCAUUGACUGUUCAUGAAACCAAGCUUAAGGUGGAUUUGACUGCUUAUGUUGAGAAGCAUGAAUUCUGCUUUGAUGCUGUUUUGGAUGAACAAGUAACCAAUGAUGAGGUUUAUCGUGCUACGGUAGAGCCAAUCAUUCCAACCAUAUUUCAGAGAACUAAAGCAACUUGUUUUGCUUAUGGCCAGACAGGUAGUGGCAAGACAUACACAAUGCAACCUUUGCCUUUACGAGCGGCGGAAGGACUUGUUAAAAUAUUGCAUCAGCCACCAUAUCGUAGUCAGGGAUUCAAAUUGUGGCUUAGUUACUUUGAGAUAUAUGGCGGGAAGCUAUUUGAUCUGCUAAGUGAUAGAAAGAAACUUUGUAUGAGAGAAGAUGGUCGUCAACAAGUUUGUAUUGUUGGACUUCAAGAAUUUGAAGUUUUAGAUGUACAAAUUGUUAAAGAAUACAUUGAGAGGGGAAAUGCAACCAGAAGUACAGGCUCAACUGGAGCCAAUGAGGAGUCCUCUAGAUCUCAUGCUAUAUUGCAACUUGUUGUCAAAAAGCACAGCGAGGUGAAGGAAUCAAGGCGCCACAAUACAGCAAACGAGCCCAAGGUUGGAAAAGUGGUAGGAAAAAUCUCAUUUAUAGAUCUUGCUGGUAGUGAAAGAGGUGCUGACACAACAGACAAUGACCGGCAAACACGGAUCGAGGGAGCUGAAAUUAACAAGAGUCUGCUGGCUUUGAAGGAGUGCAUUCGUGCACUUGACAAUGACCAGAUUCAUAUUCCAUUCCGUGGAAGUAAACUCACUGAGGUCCUCCGGGACUCCUUUGUUGGGAACUCUAGAACUGUCAUGAUCUCUUGCGUAUCUCCAAAUGCUGGAUCAUGCGAGCACACUCUCAAUACUCUGAGAUAUGCGGACAGGGUUAAAAGUCUAUCGAAAAGUGGAAAUCCUAAAAAAGAUCAGGUCUCAAGUUCAUUAUCACAACUCCCUAACAAAGAAUCUUCAACGAUGAUUCCUGCACCUUCUCCAACUGAUGCUGCUGAUGUGUAUGAGCAAUAUCGAGAUGUUAAAUCGACAGAUACAUAUAGAAGAGUUGUAGACAAAGGAAAUUUGUCUUACCAUUCUACUGCUGAUCUGGAUACACAGUCUGCUAGCUUUCCUAUCAACAACUCCUCAAACAUCCGGGAAGAGGCUGGAAUGAUUUCUUCCUAUAUGGAUAAAGAGAAGAUUGAUGUAAAAAAUACCUUUGGUGGUUCAAGCAGUAACAAGGUGCCCUCAGCAUCAUCUCCUCAGCAAUUGGUUGACACUGAAGAGAAGGUGCAGAAGGUAUCACCACCGCGAAGAAAAGCGUACAGGGAUGACAAGUCUGAAAAGGUCGGGAAUUGGCCAAAGAAAGAUACCACAAGCUCUACUCAGCCCACCACAACUUUCAAGCAGCAGAACCCUCCCACUUCUGACAAAGACAAUAUUGUUUCAAGACAACCUGAAUCCCCAAUGGACGGGAAUAUAAAUGAUAUACUCGAGGAGGAAGAAGCACUAAUAGCUGCCCAUAGAAAAGAAAUUGAAGAUACAAUGGAGAUUGUUCGUGAAGAAAUGAAACUGCUGGCAGAAGUUGAUCAACCAGGCAGCAUGAUAGAUAAUUAUGUGACACAAUUAAGUUUUGUGCUAUCCCGGAAAGCAGCCAGUCUUGUCAGCCUUCAAGCACGCCUUGCAAGGUUCCAGCAUCGACUAAAAGAACAAGAAAUUCUUACUAGGAAGAGGGGGCCUCGCUAAUGUUCCUCAAUAUCAUCUCCCUCAUUUGUAUCUUGGUUUGCUUUAUAUUUGAUAUCAGUUUGAACAUCAAGUUCAUAUGUUAAUACAAUUCAUUUUUAACUAUUGAAAACAAUAAAUCAUGUAAUUAGUUUUUUC